UACUCAUGUACGUAAUAAUAUCACAGAGUCAUUAUUUCUUAAUUACAUUUUUUGACCUUUCGUCGUUUCGGUACUUUCAUCGCUGUUAAUAAAAGGCCUGUCCGCCUUGAAAUUGCAAAACCUGUUAGUUAAUGGUUCAUCUUUACACGUUUGUUAUUUGUGUACUUAAGUGUACGUAAAGUAGAUUUUACUCUCCUAGAAGUUAAUGAUAUUUCGACAACGAUUAGACAUUUAAUUAAUAUUGUAAACGAUGUACAAAGCCAACGUUUCGUUUAUUUGCGCGAUUGCUGCCUUCAUCCUUUUCAUCGAUCAUCAGAAGACCAUUGGGGCAGUUGCCGUUGAGAGGGUUAAAAGAGCCGAUGGUGAAAAAUAUACCACUAAAUACGAUAAUAUUGAUAUCGACAGGAUUUUGACUAACGAAAGACUGUUCAAAAAUUACAAGAACUGUAUACUUGAUAAAGGAAAAUGUACUCCAGACGGCCAAGAAUUAAAGAAACAUCUAGGUGAUGCUUUAGCCACUGAGUGUAUGAAGUGCAGCGAAAUACAGAAGAAGAAUGCCGGUAAAAUUUUGAGCUUUAUACUACAAAAUCACCGAGACUUUUGGAACCAACUUCUCGAAAAAUACGACAAAGAAGGCAAUUUCAGGAGGAAAUACGAAGACGGGGCUGACGACUAUGAAGAUAAAUAAACUACAAAAACAUCCCCAGCCUUUUUUUUUGUUAGCUUUCUUGUAAAUAUGUUAUCUGUUAGUAGCUUUAUGCACUUCUAAAAAAUUUUAUUCUUUGUUAUCUAUCAACGUGGAGCUCACAUAUGUACAUAAAUAUAUUUCAUAAAUAAAUUAUAAAUACCAAUA